UCCACCACCGCUAAUUGAUUCAUCCCCUUCGCCGAUACAGCCAUACAGGCAGGCAGACAGGCUCCUUUCCAUCCGUGAAAUGGCGGCGGAGAUGGAAGCCACGGAGACCGGUGGGCUGGCCGGCGAGAUGGAGGUUGAGGCCUACCGCCGCCUCUUCCCCCUCGCCUUUCUCGAGCGCCACCUCCGCGAGUCCGUUCGCCCGGACGCGCGCCGCACCGACGAGGCCCGCCCCAUCACCGUCGCCCUCGGCGCCGUGUCCUCCGCCCACGGCUCCGCCCUCGUCCGCCUCGGUGACACCGCCAUGCUCGCGUCAAUCAAGCUCGAGGUGAUGUCGCCCUCCUAUGAGGCCCCCGACGAAGGAUCCGUUGCCGUGGAGUUCCACAUGCCGCCUAUCUGCUCCCCAGUUGUCAGACCUGGACGACCGGCGGAGGUGGCGCCGGUCAUCUCCAAGACCCUAGAGGACAUCCUCAUGAGCUCAGGGAUGCUAAAUUUAAAGGAGCUCUGUUUGAUCAGUGGGAAGGCUUCUUGGCUAGCAUACCUGGAUGUCUAUUGUUUGAAUGCUGAUGGAUCUCUGUUCGACGCUGCACUAAUCUCAGCUGUGGCUGCAUUUACACAUUUGGAAAUUCCUUUGGUAUCUGUUGGUGAUGAUGGUAGAGUAUUUACUGUUGGGGGCAAUGAAGGCAAAAUCAAAUAUGAAGUGGUAAACAGAGAAAAGAGGAAGAUCACGGUUACUAAUAUUCCAUUUUCCCUUACAUGUGCACUCCACAAGGAUAAUAUUCUAGCGGAUCCAACUGCUGAAGAAGAAUCAAUAAUAGAGACUUCCAUGACUGUUGUUCUUGAUUCUUCAGAUCAAAUAGUGUCAAUACAAAAAUUUGGAGGUGCAGUGACAUCUAUGGCAACUAUUAAGGACUGCAUUAGUUUGGCCAAAGACAGGAGAAAAAAGUUAAGAGGAAUUCUCUCUGUUGAAGCAAUGGAAGUCGACUCACAUAGUUCUGAUUCAGUGAACUAAGCAAAUUAUAUUUGUACUCGUUGUGUGACAAAUUUUACCAUCUGCCUUUGACUACCAUCUGUUUAAUUACAUCAAUACAAGUAUGUAACAGUCUGUACCUCCCUUUGAUUUUCUUUAACUAAAGUGGCAUUAUAAUUUCAUUUGAUGGUAUUGUUCGGAAAGUUCAUCAUGUGUAAUUCACCUUGCAAGAUU